GAGUGAAAAUAAUUCUCCCGCCAACUCAAGUAUCCCCAAAACCCUCUUCUCUUCCUAAUACCUCCCGCCUUCUGAGUAAAUGUCUCUAAAACCCUCUUUUCCGGCGGAGAUAGGGUUUUCCAAAAAUAGGGGUUUCGCUCCCAAGCAUACAGAGUGGUCGAAUAUUAGGGUUUUGAAAAAGCUUUGAAAAUGCCGGAAUUGACGUGGAGGCAUCAGACUCUCAUUCAAGCUUUGCUUUCUCGUGGUCCACUGAAGGAGGAUCAGUUCCAUCGCAUCUUUACGGGCCUCACCGGCAAAAACCCAGGUUCUCAUCAGCAGCUCUUUGAUGAUUUUCUUCUGAAAAUAAACAAGGAACUUUCUUAUGUUCAGUUUGAGUUGCGAGGCUGCAGAUCUCAAUAUGAUGGUCAAGUUUAUUAUGGAGUUGUCAAUAAUGUUUCUGAUGAGCAAUCCAAGCUAGGAACGAAAUAUUCGGUUUCCCAGAUUGCUUUCUAUAAAGCUAUUAUUGAGGCUAUUGUGCAAGAUGCAACAGCUCAGGGAAGCAUAUCCAGCAUUGAUGCUCUUAAUCUACGGUUGGAGAAUCAGGUUAUUAUUGGGACAGGCUCACAAGGAAAUGGAGAUUACAUUCCUGCACUCAGAAAUUUCUCAAUAAGUCAGAAGGAAAAAGCCCUUAAUGAACUUGUAUUAGACCAGUGGCUUAACGUAGUAGAUGGCAACAUUGUACUUGGAAUCAGAUCCUUCCUAGAUCUGCGAAGUUGGUUCCGCAAUAAUGAUAUUCCUUCAUGUGAGGUCUGCAAUGAAGCUGGAGUGAAGGCUGAGUUGUGCCAAAAUGAAGCUUGUGUGGUCAGAAUCCAUAACUACUGUCUAAAGAAGCUGUUUUCCCAGCGGAAGGGUGGAAGAGUUUGUCCCAGCUGUGGGACACAAUGGAAAUAUGGACCGAAGUUAGAACUUGUUGAGCAUGAUGAUGAGCCAAAUAUGCCCACUCAAAGCCAACCACCUCCAAGACCUAGAAUAAAGAGGCAAAGAACCAACAAUGAAACUGAAUCCGGACCCUCACAACAUUCCCAACCCAGUUCUGAUAUGAGAAGAGCAACUCGAAGUUCUAACCGUGCUAGAUAAACUACACUUGAAACCCAUAGUUGUAUCUAUUAUAGUAGCUAUAUGAACCCCGUUCCUAUGUUAAAUUGACUGGUUAUAUUUGCUUAUAAAGUAAAAUGAACUACAUCUUAAGAAUAUUAGCAAUUACUGAUAGCAAGACUGCUCGUUAAUCCAACCCCGUGCUGAGAUUCUUUUGGUAUAGUGAAAAUGAGGGAGGUGUCCUCUUCUUGUUCUUCAAAUGUCCAUUUUUUAGUCUUAAGACAACAUGCUUGGCAAAGCAACUUCUAUGAUGGAGACAAUAUUAUGCCUUUUAUA